AUGCAGAACACUGCGGGUGCAUGCUCAAUUAUACUGUAUUCUGAGAAGGAUAAACCACGUGUGUGUGAUUUAUUUAUGGCUCAGGUGCUUGCCUUCAAAGCCACAGGACAAAUACCAUUCAAUUGGCGCUGGCGGCUGGGCUACAUCUAUUGUUUCAUUGUCAUUGCACAGACAUUCCUAUUGGCGGUGCUUUUCCUGAAGUCCUCUUAUAUUAUGCUGCUCAGCGGCAAAUUGGAGGAAAUCACCGAUGCGCUCACCAUGACCAUUAUAUUUUGGUUUAGCGUUUAUGCUGCUUGCUAUUGGUUGCUGAGAUGGCGUCGUUUGAUGGCUUUUUUAGAGCUUAUCAAUCAACAAUAUUGGCAUCACUCGCUGCCUGGCUUGAGCUUCGUCUCAUGGCAACGUACUUAUUUGCUGGCGAAACGGAUGACCAUUGUGUGGACAGUUGCAUGUGUAUUGGGCACGGUGCUGUAUGGCUUGGCACCGUUGGUGAUGGGUGUACGUGCACUGCCACUGAAAGCGUGGUAUCCCUUUGAUCCGUUGCAACCUUAUGUCUACGAGUUGGUGUAUGUUAUGCAAUUGUCAGCACAAAUAAUAAUGGGCGCCACGUUCGGUAAUGGUUCUGCUUUAUACGUCUCGUUGGUUAUCUUAAUGUGUGGGCAGUUUGAUGUACUCUAUUGCAGUUUGAAGAAUUUGAGUCAUUCUGCGCGUCUGCGUUGCUGUUCUGGAGUGGAAAUAUUGCGCAAAGAGCAAGCCGCUCUACCAAAAUCUCCAGACGACGAGUUGAACCAGUAUAUGUAUUGCCGCGAACACUUAACCAAUCUCUCCAUACUCCAACAUUUGUACACCCAACAACCAGCAUUGACUCUGCCCGAAGCCUUGCACUUGGGUGUGGUGCAAUGUGUGCAGCUGCAUCGUUUCAUCUUGGAUGCGUGCAAGGAGUUGGAAGAGCUCUUUAACCCUUAUUGCCUCGUUAAAUCCAUACAAGUUACUUUGCAACUUUGCUUGUUGGUUUUCGUGGGCGUCGCGGGCGAACGUUCAAUGGUGCGUAUUGUGAAUUUGGCUCAAUAUGUGACCUUGACACUUGUCGAAUUACUUAUGUUCACCUAUUUCGGUGAACUGCUGCGCGGUCACAGUGUGCGUUGUGGUGAGGCAUUCUGGCGUUAGCAGUGGUGGACCCACACCAUACCCAUACGACAGGAUAUUCUCAUUUUGUUGGCGAAUAGUAAGCGUGCAGUACGUUUAACAGCGGGCAAAUUCUAUGCUAUGGAUAUUGAGCGAUUGCGAUCGGUUGUCACUCAAGCAUUUUCGUUUUUGACGUUACUCCAGAAACUAGCAGCGAAAAAUCAGAAAUAAAAAAUCGAGUUAUUCAUAUACAUAUUAACAUAUAUAUGUACAU